AUGAGUAAAAAUUCUUCCAACAUAAUGGCUUUGGUUCCCAAAACAUCUAACAAAAGAGAGACUGUGUGUAUAUUUGGAACAGGAGAUUUUGGAAGAGCUCUGGGCCAUAAACUGAUUCAGUCUGGCUACCCUGUCGUAUUUGGAAGCCGGAGCCCAUGGCCAUCCAGCCUGAUUCCCAAGGAUGCAGAGGUGCUGAGCCAUGCUGAGGCAGCACAGAAAGCUGCCAUCAUUAUUAUAGCAAUCCAGAGGCAACAUUAUGACUUCCUUGCAUCACUAGAGGAAACACUCCAUGGAAAAGUGUUGGUGGACAUAAGCAACAACUUAAAAAUAAACCAGUAUCCUGAAUCCAAUGCAAAGUACUUGGCUCAGCUGGUGCCCAGCGCUAGGGUUGUGAAAGCCUUCAACACCGUGUCGGCCUGGGCUCUGCAGUCAGGCACUCUGGAUGCAAGCCGGCAGGUGUUUGUCUGUGGAGAUGACACAGAAGCUAAACAAAUGGUAAUGGAUAUUGUUCGUGCACUGGGACUCACACCAUUAGAUCAAGGAUCUCUCUUGGCUGCACGGGAAAUAGAAAAUUACCCUCUACAGCUCUUUCCAAUGUGGAAGCUUCCCAUCUUUUUGUCCCUUGGUCUAACCGCAUUCUUCUUCUUCUACUGUUUGGUUCGUGAUGUAAUUUAUCCUUGUGUUUAUGAAAAUAAGGAUUAUUCAUUUUAUCUUGCAAUUUCCAUUCCGAAUCGGAUCUGCCCUAUAAUGGCACUUGUCCUUCUUGCCUUGGUUUAUCUCCCUGGUGUACUUGCUGCAAUUAUUCAGUUAUACAGAGGUACCAAAUACAGCCGUUUCCCAGACUGGCUGGACAGAUGGAUGCUGUGUAGGAAACAACUUGGACUAGUAGCCUUGGCAUUUGCUUCUCUGCACGCUAUUUAUACUCUCGUUAUCCCAAUUCGCUACUAUGUAAGAUGGACAGUUGAGGACAGAACCAUCUCACAGGCACUGAACAAUAAAACUACUCCAUUUGACAACACAAAUGGCUGGCUUAGUGACUCUUAUUUGGCUUUGGGGAUUUUAGGAUUCUUUUUAUUUGUUCUUCUUGGAAUAACUUCCUUGCCUUCUGUCAGCAACAAUGUCAACUGGAGAGAAUUUCGAUUUGUACAGUCCAAACUGGGAUACCUGACAUUGAUUUUAUGCACCGCACACACACUGGUUUAUGGUGGAAAGCGGUUCCUAAGUCCAUCAUCAUACAGAUGGUAUCUUCCAAAUGCCUAUAUGCUCUCUCUCAUUAUUCCAUGUGUUGUACUGGUUGUCAAAUUUGUGCUCAUACUUCCUUGUCUAGACAAACAACUAACACGAAUUCGACAGGGCUGGGAAAGGAAUCCCCAGUACUCAGAACAGUCAAACUACAUUAUCAACAAGUCUGCUGUGUAAUUAGACUAACCUGUAUUGUUAAAAAGAAACAAAAAAUUGAAGGCAAAAUGAAGUCCCUAUCCUCCCUUACCUGGAGAGAGAAAAGAGAGAAAAAGUGAGAAGCCUGGGCAGGCUCUGACUGAAAUAAAGCAAUCCCAGUGACAAACUUAAAAUUGAAAUCAAAUGAGCCUCCUGAGAUCCUGCAUCCCAGACAUGCUUUCACACAGGCCUUUUCCUUUUUCUCCCUGUACUCCUCCUGUUCACCCUCCAUUCCUGACAGGAGUAUGAGAGAAAUGUUCAAUGCAUCAGUCACUCGAAAUCUCCAGUGCUGGCCAGAACCAGAGCAACCUCUCAUAUUAGAUAGCGUCUGCUCCUCUUCACUAUCCUGUCCACUGGGGCUCAGAUCUGCAUGCUCCUGCACGCACAUGCAUACAUAUAUAAACACCCUGCUUCCACCUCUGAAGCCACCAGACUGUAGAGCGAGCACAGGACAGGCGUUAGCUGAGGGAAAGUUCUCAUCUUCCCAACAUUAGUUUGUCCUCCAUUAACAUCUGCUCAAAGAAAUCUAUAUUCAUGCCUUAGAAAUAGUUGAAUAAGAUUUGCUUGGUUUGUGUACAGGCACUCUAAUGUUCAAAGUGUAUCUACUGAGGAUUGCUGAACCCUUGCUAUACUGCAGAAAGUCAGGUGGCAAGGGGAUAGAGGAGAGACCAAAAUGUCAAAAAGACACGAGACAUGCUUACCAGCCUAAGCUUCUCUGCAAGUACAUGCACACAGUGGUUGGUGAAUUUUUGUGUAAGCAGUGAUCUGUAUGGAAAGGAGCUGAUGGAAAACACUGUUUUAUUAGGAGUUUAUACUGCAUGUCAUACUUAUAUAUAUCACAAGGAAUAGAUUGUUGAUUUUUCUAAAAUUCUUUGGAUGCAAUGUUAUAGAUGUUCCAUGAAAAUGCAUAUAUUCUAAUCUCAAUAAAGACAAUUCUUCAUAGUUCUGCAUUCUGUUAUUAUUCCUGGAACCUCUUUUGCUGUGAUGCAGCUGCUGGUAUGCUUAGUUGCACGUUAGUAUUGGAAGGCCUUGGGGGAAGAAAUAAAAUGGGAUCCUGUCCUCAGAUAGCUGCCAGGGCUUAUUUUCUCCUAUUUUUGCUCCUUGGAUGCUUACAUAUAUAGAUAUUUGCUUAGUUACUGAAGAGGAGCGAAAAACAGUUGUGGGCUCAGAGGGCCUCAAUACAGGGAUACCUAUAACACCACCUUAAACUCCCUCAGAAAGAGAAGACAGAGGCAGAAGCAGAGAGAAUAAUAAAAAAAAGACAAAAGGAGACAGUGAUUGUGUGCAAGUAGAUGAAAAAGCAAGACAAAAUAAAAUACAUAGUAGCAGCCUGAAUUAAUAUCUAGACUUGACACUGGGAGCUAUAUUCUACUUCCAGUGACAUAGUCCAGACUUGUAUUAAGAACAGUAACUGCUUCAAGAUGCAUAGUUUGCUUUUAUGAUUACCUGUUAUAGGACGUGGGUUUCUGACUAUGCAGAUACAGAUCUUAAACUUUUUUCUCGCUCCCACAGCUGAGCUUGUGAGUUAGAAUUUAAUUUGCAACAGCCAUGGCAAGUAACACAAUGAAAAGUCAUGCUUUACGAAACACAAACAUUGCCAAUGCUCUGCCAACUUCUCUGACAAAGAAUAUGAUUCUUUGUAUUUCUGAGUGCCCUGCAUUAAGAGGCUGAGUGAGGUCUGCUCUACUCCCACUGAAAACCAGUACAAGGUAACUGUGGCUUGACUGAAUACAAUCUGUACACUCAUUCACUACUAAAUUCUAGCUUCUGGGCACAGGGCUGCAGCUCAUGCAAGAAAGACAAAAAGAAUUCUUCAAGGAGCAGGUUGUUUUAUAUGGCUGAAAGAUAGGCCCAAGCUUACUGAAAAUGUCAAGCAGAGAGGUACAAUUUGCUGUUUACUCCAAGAAUAAAAUGCCAAUACCUGUUGUGUACAAACCAAGCAGACAAUGCUAUUUGUUUGCAUAGGUGCAUGAAACAGCUCUCACGAACUCAUCCAAAGCUCUCUCAUUUGAAGGCAGCACUGGGCUCUGUGUUGAUUUCAGUAAAUAGCAAGUCAGAUCUACAGCAGCACUUGUUAUUCCAGCUUAAGUGAUGAACUCCAUGUUGUUAGGCAGCUAGAAAGUAUUUGUUACAGAAACUUAAAUAUUUAUUCUUUAAAUAUUGUAGAGAACAAUUCUUCA